AUGUUCAGAAUCACUUCUCAAUUACCAUUAUGUGGCGAAAAAGUCACUGAUAAAGAUAUGUUAGAGAAAACAUUUUCUACUUUUCAUGUCUCUAACAUGCUCCUGCAGCAGCAAUAUCGAGAGAAAGGAUUUAAAAAAUAUUCUAUCGCAUGUCUUCUCUUGGCUGAACAAAAUAAUGAAUUAUUGCUGAAAAAUCAUGAGUCCCGACCAACUGGUGUGAGUCCAUUCCCCGAAGCGAAUGCGACCCAAUUUCAAAAUUUUGGUCGAAGUUGUGGAGGUGGUCGUAGAGGUGGCCAUGGAGGAGGCCGUGGCCGUGGACGUGAUCGUAGUAAAUUUGUGCCCCGUGAAAAUUAUAACCGGGGCAAACAACAAAAUAUUUCUCAAAAGAGGGAAAAUAACUACGAUCAGAAAAAUGGAGAAAAAAAAAUUUAUGAAGAAAAAUGCUACCGGUGUGGUAUGGAAGGUCAUUGGUCCCGUACCUGUCGUACGGCUAAACAUCUUGUUAACCUCUAUCAAGCAUCAUUGAACAAGAAAGACAAAGGCGUUGAGACAAAUUUCAUUGAUCAAAAGAAUGACUAUGAUGAUGGUGAUGAUGCUGAUAUGACACACCUUGAUGUAGCCGAUUUUUUUGAGCAUCCUGAAGAUGUCAACAAAUAUCUCAUGAUUAUUUAG